AUGUUAGGGUCAAAGGAUUCAGUUCUUGGCUUCAUUGUUUUCACCUUUGUCCUUCUUUGCUGGAACUCGACACCCAUCAGAGCAGAUGAUUUCCCAGAAAUAGAAUUUGAUUACCGGCCAGACCAUCCUAAAGGACCACAAAACUGGGGAAACCUUAAGCAAGAAUGGAGCUUAUGCAAGGAUGGAAAAAGGCAAUCACCAAUAGAGAUAUGGGAACAGAACUGCACCAAAGACAUCACAUCUUCAGACGAUCUUGUUGUUAAUUAUAAGCCUGCCAAUGCAACUAUCAAGAAUGAAGAACAUGCUAUAUCGGUUUUGUGGGAGGGUGAUGCUGGUUCAAUUCAAAUCAAUGGCACAGAUUACUUGCUCAAACAAUGUCACUGGCACCACCCCUCUGAGCAUAUGGUUAACGGCAGAAGGUAUGAUCUAGAAUUGCACAUGGUUCACAAAACUAAGGACUUGAGCAAAGUAGCUGUAAUCGGAUUCCUCUACAACUAUGGCGCACCCAAUUAUUUUCUCGAAAAGGUGACAUCACACAUCACUAAUUUGAUUGAUGUACAAAAGGGGAUACCCUUGGGAGAGAUUGAUCCAAGGAAGGUGAAGAAGGGUCAAUUCCAAUACCGGAGGCCGACGAGAAAGGCUGGCUCUAAAUUCUUCAGAUACAUGGGCUCUCUCACAACCCCUCCUUGUGUUGAAGAUGUUAUUUGGCACCUAAACAAAAAAGUUCAAACCGCCUCCCGUGAACAAGUGGAGCUACUUCAAGACGCAGUUUUUGAUUAUGCAAGGAACAACGCAAGACCAAUCCAGCCUCUCAACGGCCGAGGAAUCAAGCUCUAUGGAGACCAUCACUGA